UCCAGGGUUUGCGAGGGAGCCGACAGCAUUCUCACAGCGAUGGGCGCCGGGAAGAACAAGCUGGAGGAGCUGCUAGAAUCGUCCGGCGGCUGCGCGGUUCUCGAUGGCGGAUUGGCGACGCAGCUCGAGCACUGUGGCGCGGAUCUUAAUGAUCCACUGUGGAGCGCGCUGUGCUUGAUCACAAGGCCACAGCUGAUCCAGAAGGUUCAUUGGGAUUACCUGGAGGCAGGAGCGGACAUACUCGUGUCGUCGUCUUAUCAGGCAACAGUCCAGGGAUUUGUUUCCAAGGGCCUCUCCGAAAAGGAAGGAGAGGAGAUGCUCAAGAAAAGCGUGGCGAUCGCUUGUCAAGUGCGUGACAAGUUCUGGGACAAAGUCAAGCAGAACAACAGCUCGGGAGAGAUUCGCUACAAUCGAGCUUUGGUGGCGGCUUCUAUUGGGAGCUAUGGAGCUUACCUCGCAGAUGGCUCCGAGUACAGUGGCCAGUAUGGCCCGGAGAUGAUGAACGUAGCCAAGCUGAAAGGAUUCCAUCGCAGGCGCUUACAAAUUCUCGCUUCUUCUGGAGCAGAUUUGCUAGCAAUCGAAACGAUUCCAUGCCAAGUCGAGGCCCAGGCACUGGUGGAGCUUUUGGAAGAAGAAGAUAUCCAGAUUCCCAGUUGGAUAUCUUUCAACUCUAAAGACGGUGCCAACGUCGUGAGCGGCGAUCCAUUAAGCGAAUGCGUCGCUCUGGCAGCCAAAAGCGCCAAAGUGGCCGCCGUCGGUAUAAACUGCACGCCUCCUCGAUUCAUACACGGCCUCGUCUCCACUGCUCGGAAGGUGACGGACAAACCGAUAGUCGUCUAUCCAAACAGUGGAGAAACGUUUGAUCCCGACGCCAAGCAAUGGAUCCCGGCUACCGGAGUCUCGGACGUGGACUUUGUGUCAUACGUCGGAGAGUGGAAAAAGGCCGGAGCUUCACUCAUCGGAGGCUGCUGCCGGACAACUCCAGCGACAAUCCGAGCCAUCAAGAAGUCGCUGCAAGUAAGCCUGAUUUGAGCAUAAGUACCAGUUUUGAGAGGCUGAAAGAGAAAGGUAAGUGUGUGACGAAUUAGUAUUACACUGGCAACGUAUGGCAACGUAACAUCAAAGCCUAUGAAGAAGCCCGGACCGUAUAUCUGUGUUUUGGAGCUGCGUCUAUCAAAGCAGCAACGUUUAUCACUUGGUGGCGGAGAAAAAAAAGUGAAAAGAAUACCUCGAACUA